AAGUUCCUGAAUUCAAUCUCCAGUGCCAAAAAGAAAGAAAGAAAGAAAGAACAGCAUCUCAGCAAAGUAGUAUUAAUUAAUACCUGCAGACGUUAAUUAGAUUUAGUCAUGGGAAAUGAGGUUUUAGGUGGAGACUAGAAAGGUAGAAGAGGGUUUUUCCUCUCCACACUCAAUGGAAAGAAGGCGAAGGAGUUUAAGUUUCUAGUUUUCACGUCCAGCAUCUUCCACAGCAGACUUCAGUUGCUGUUUAGAAAGAGUAGGUGGAGGGCAGGGAUCUGGCUCAGUGGCACCGUGUCUGCCUCAAUAGCACAAGGUGCUGAAUUCUAUCCCCAGCAUCAAAAACAAAAGUUGAUGAUGAGGUGCUGGGGUGUAGCAACCACAGAGGUCCAGGCCAGCACAUGCUGUCCUGUUGGUACCAGAGGUUCCUGGAAUGGAGACUGGGGGUGGGGGGCAGUGGGGACACCUGGUUGCCAGGGUGAUGAGUCAGAAGCUGGGUAUCCAGGGGACGCUCCCUGGCAGCCGGGCCGUCCCGGCUGUGGACUCAUGGCUGUCCCUCUAGUCACCUGGGCAAGAGAGCUGAGCGCUGGGCCCCAGCUGACCCGGAGCUCUGGGCUCGAGCCUCAGAGAGCACAGGUUGUGCCUGUUCCCAAGGUGCUGUCCCGCCUUGGCGUCUCUGGACUUGUGUCCAGCUGCUUGGCGUGGCUGCCCAUGGCACCCCUGGGCUCAGAAGACACUGACCCUUGCUUGAUGCUCCUCUUUGGCCUCUCAGGGCGUUUUUCUUAGCUUGUCAAAGAGGACCCGCAUUUUCCUUUUUCCCGGGGCCGGGCUGGUGGAGUGGCCACCCCUCUGCUCACCAUAGGUCUUUACUUCCUGAGGGUCAGCUUUAGCUCGUCCCCUCUGACACCCGGCCCAGCCGUCCUGCUCUGUUCCCAGAGGGGCUUUCUCUGCUGUCCACUUCUCCCCAGCUCGCCCUUUCUGGUCACACAUUGAUGGAACAGAUUAAAAGGGCCAAUAAACUGUUCACCAACGACUGUAUCUUUCUGAAGAAAACGCUGAGCAUCCCAGUCCUAUCAGAGCAGCCUUUGUUGUUCAGUGGACUGAGCUCCUUCGAUUCUCCAGAAGAUGAAGCUGGUGACAGCUGCUCUCCUCCUGCGGAGGAGCUGGCGGUGGCGGGCAGCGAGCUCCCUCCUCCCAGUCCCCAGGAACCGGCCCCUCGGCCUGUGCAGCCUGAGGAGGUGUCGGCCAGAGACUUCUUGCACAGACUGGACCUGCAGAUCAGACUGUCCACUCAGGAGGCCCAGAGGCUGAAGCGGGAGAGCAGAGAUGAAGAAAGUCCCUACGCGACCUCCCUCUAUCACACUUAGACGGGCUUCGUGCUGAGUGGGUUGCGGAGAGGGUCGGAGCAGGAAGACUCGGGGCUCCUCGGGCCGCGUCUCCCGGCCUGCGGCCCGUGCCCCGGCCCCGAAAUCCGUCUUUGUCCUGGCGCCGCAGCUGCAGUGUAACCGAGCGCAUCACUCCGGCGGGCGGCAGUAGUUUUAGCCUCGCUUUUACAGUUGCUGGUCUGUGUCAGUCCCAAGAGGCUGCAUAUUUACGCCGAAGACAGUGUGCAUCUCCUGAUAAAACCCAGCUCUCGUGGAAACCCUGGUGGCUGUAUAAGUAAUGGCCGAAUAGCUGUGUGUUUGUAAGAAAUGCUAUAUAAAUAUUAUAUUUCAAUAUGUAUUACCUAUUCUGUAUUAAUGGAAAGAACCGAAUUUUGUCUGCUAUUUUGUAAAAAUGAUCUACAAAAGUCUGAAUGAGAAAAUAAACU